AUGAUUACAAGACUUAGUGUAUUUCUAAAGCCACAAAAUUUUGACAUUGAAGCAUUGUAUUUUACAAAUAACAAGUCAGAGUCAGAAAGUUUAACAAACGCGGCUACGAUUCCGUCAACUAUACCAAGUAAUGGACCACCAAACAACAAUUCUCCUACUGUAACAGUAGACAAAACAAAUAUGUCACCAAAUCAAGUAUCAGAUGCUUCGUCAAAUGAUGGAAAACCCAACACGCUUACGCCUACAGGUACAACAAACACAACAACUCAAGCUACAACAACCACAACAAGUGAAAAAGAACUCGGACAGAUAUGUAUGGACAAUGCAGCAAAUAUAACAACACUUUGUGCAACGCAAUUCAGUGUUGGCAACGGAUCUGGAAAAAACGCCACGAAGAAAUGUAUAUGUCGGGAUGGUUAUGUAAGGGAAGGAAACAAAUGUAAAGCCGAACUCGGACAGGUAUGUUCGGAUCAUACAUCAAACACAACAACACUUUGUGCCACAUCAUUUAGUGUUUGCAACGGAACCAGACAAGACGGCAAAAAGAUGUGUUUGUGUCCAGAUGGAUAUGUAGAGGAAGGCAACAACUGUAAAGCCGAUUGCGGCCAUGUACACAGCAUCAGCAUAAACAAUGCAGCCCAUAGACGUCUACAUAAUGGCACCAAGUACAAAUCAACAGCAGAUAUAGAUUGUGACGAAGGAUACUACAACAAAGUUCAACAUCAAUCAGCUGGAAUAUCUACUACAACGAUAAGUUGUUCUGAGCAUGGAACAUGGGUUGAUAUACCCGCGUGUGUACGGAAAGAAUGUGGAGACUUAAGCAAGUUGAAUAUACCAAAUGCUGAGAAAAGGGAUCUCAUUAAUGGCACGGCAUACAACUCGAUAGCAAAUAUUAGCUGUGAUGCGGGAUAUACAGAACAAAAUGAACGUCAGUCAGACGGAAUUACGAGUAUUUUAAUAAGAUGUAACGAAAAUGGAACGUGGGAAAACCAGCCGACGUGUGUCAGGAAAGAUUGUGGUGAUUUGUAUAAUAUCAGUAUAGACAAUGCAGUCCAUAGACGCCUGCAUAAUGACACCAAGUACAUGUCUACAGCAGAUAUAGACUGUGAUGAAGGAUACUAUAACCAUAAUCAAACUCAGACAACUGGAAUAUCAACUACAACAAUAAAUUGUUCGGAACAUGGAAUAUGGGUGAACAUGCCUACAUGCGUACAGAAAGAUUGUGGAAGUUCAAAGCAGUUGAAUAUAUCAAAUACUAUUGACAUUCUUGAAAUGAACGGUACGGAAUACAACUCAAUAGUAAAUAUAAGCUGUGAUGCGGGAUACAGAGAACAAAAUGAAAGUCAGAAAGAAGGAAUUACAAGUACUUUGAUGAGAUGUAACGAGAAUGGAACAUGGAUAAAUCAACCUACGUGUGUCAGAAAAGACUGCGGUGAUGUUCAUGAUAUCAGCAUCGACAAUGCAGUCAAUAGGCGCCAUCAUAAUGACACCAAGUACAGUUCUACAGCAGAUAUUGAUUGUGAUGAAGGAUACUAUAACGUAUUAAAUGACACUCAAACGACUGAAAUAUCAACUACAACAAUUCAUUGUUCUGAGUAUGGGACAUGGGCGAAUAUACCAAUGUGCAUACGGAAAGACUGCGGGUCGUUAUCAACUCCAUCAAAUGGAAAUAUCUUAUUGCAACAAAAUGAUACAUCAUAUGGAUCUAAUGCCACAAUUACGUGCCAUGAUGGAUACACUGUGGAUGGCCCAGAAAAUAUUGUGUGUGAGAAGACAGGAAAUUGGAGUAGCUACUUAACACAUUGUCAGAUUAACGAUUGUGGGCGGUUGCCACAGCCGACGAAUGGCAAACUCGUUUUUGCUCAAAACAUGACAACAUAUGGUUCUAAUGCUACAUACACCUGUGAUGACGGGUAUCACAUUAAUGGUUCAAAGACAAUACAGUGUGAAGCGUCAGGAAAAUGGAACACUAACGAAACACAUUGUCAAAUUAAGGAUUGUGGCAGGCCUACACCAGUACAAGACGGUUUUAUAGAGACUCCAAAUGGAACAAAAUUUGGUGCUGUGGCCAACAUUUCCUGUAAUCCUGGAUAUACAUUACAUGGAGACAACUUUACAAGGUGCUUGGCGGAUGGCACUUGGGAUACCUAUUCUGUAAACUGCACACUGAAUAAAUGUCCGGCAGCAAAUGAUACUGAUCAUGGUUCAGUAAAUACAACCUUUCAAUCACAUGUUGUGUAUAAGUGUGAAACUGGGUAUACAUUACAUGGCCAUGAGAGUUUGUUUUGUCAACUAAAUGGUACCUGGAGUGCUGAAACGCCAACAUGCAAAAUAACAGAUUGCGGAAACUUAACAAGCCCGGAAAACGGACAAGUUAAGCUUAACAGCAGUAAAACAACAUUUAAUUCUACUGCCACAUUUACAUGUGAUACUGGCUAUGAAUUGACUGAUGAGAGUCUUUCGAUAUGCAAUGCCUCUGGUAACUGGAGCAGUAUCCCGAGUUGCAGAAUAAAAGACUGUGGCAACGUCACGGAUCCUGCAAAUGGAUACGUAGACCAAACAAAUGGAACUACAUAUAAAUCUGUCUCAAAAUUCCACUGUAAUAUCGGCUAUACAUUACACGGUGACAACAAUACAGUGUGCACAAAAGACGGCAAAUGGAGAAUAUAUACUGUGACCUGUGUCAUCAAUGAUUGCUCUGAACCAACCUUUCCUACAGAUGGAAAUGUUACUGCGAUCAAUGGAACUACCUAUAAUUCAAUUGCCCACUAUAUGUGCAACAAGGGAUUUAUUUUAAACGGCUCCAACAUCACUAUCUGUCAGUCUAAUAAGACAUGGAGCGGUCCUGCUCCAACUUGUUUAAUCAAAAACUGCAGUAGUUUACCAAAUCCAGAAAAUGGAGUGAUCACGUAUUCCAGAAAUUUGACAUCUUAUAGGUCCAAUGCAACAUAUACCUGUCAUCCUGGCUAUAACAUAACUGGUCCAGAAAUUAUACAGUGUGAAUCAUCAGGAAAUUGGAGCAGCAUCGAAACACAUUGUGAAAUAAAGAACUGUGGAAACCUGACAGAUCCGCACAAUGGAACAGUGGACACGUCUAACGGUACAACCUACCAGUCAGUGGGAAAGUACAGUUGUGACACCGGUUACACGUUACAUGGAGACAACAGUUCUAUAUGUACAGAAACAGGACUAUGGAAGCAACACAGCGUGGAAUGCAAAAUAAAUGACUGUCUUUCUCCUGUCAAUCCGGGCAAUGGUAGCGUUGACACAACAAAAGGAACAACUUUUGGAUCAAUAGUAACAUUUUCCUGCAAUACUGGAUUCGAUUUGGAAGGUGAAAUCAGUGCUGUUUGUCUUGCAAAUAGUUCAUGGAAUGUUUCGUCACCUAACUGUAAAAUUAAAGACUGUGGUGCUUUACCAAUUCCAGAACAUGGAGAUAUCAUGUAUUCCAGAAAUUUGACAUCUUUCGGGUCCAAUGCUACAUACACUUGCCACCCUGGAUAUAAAAUUAUUGGUUCAGAAAAUAUACAGUGUGAAGCAUCAGGACACUGGAUCAGCAAAGAAACACAUUGUGAGAUAAAAAAUUGUGGAAACCUGACAGAUCCCCACAAUGGAAGAGUGGACAUGUCAAACGGCACAACAUAUCAGUCAGUGGGAAAGUACAGCUGUGACAUCGGUUACACUUUAUAUGGAGACAACAGUACUGUAUGUACAGAGACAGGAGAAUGGAAGACACAUAACGUGGAAUGCAAAAUAAAUGACUGUCGUCCCCCAGACAAGCCGGGCAAUGGCAACGUUAAUACAAAAAAUGGAACAACUUUCGGGUCAAUAGUAACAUUUUCUUGCAACACUGGUUAUGACUUGAAUGGUGGAAGCAAUGCCGUUUGCCAGGCUAAUAGUUCGUGGAAUAUAACAUCGCCUACAUGCAAUAUAAAAAACUGUGGCGUGCCAAAACAAACAGCCAAUGGAACGUACAAACUGGAUGAUGCAAGAAAUUUGACGGUUUUCAAUCAUACUGCAACAUACCAGUGCAAUUCCGGCUACGAAACAGCUGAUAAAACGUUAAUUACAUGUAAUUCUUCUGGAAAAUGGAGCGAUAUGCCACCGAAAUGCAAUGAUAUUGACGAAUGUGCUCGAUAUACAGCAAGGUGCCAUAGGCGUGCACAAUGCACGAACACCAACGGGUCUUACGAGUGCAAGUGUCACGACGGCUUUAAAGAUAUCUCUAAGAACGAUCAAGUAGGAAUUGAUUGUCAAGAUAUCAACGAAUGUGCCAACGACACUACAAACCCCUGUAACAGGAAAGGAUCCCAGUGUAUUAACUAUCCCGGAGGGUUUCUUUGUCUAUGUGACGACGGCUGGACUGACAAUAACUGCAGUACAGAUAUAAAUGAAUGCUUGGAUAAUACCACUUGUGGUGUUUUGGCUACUUGUGAAAACUAUGAUGGAGGCUACAACUGCACAUGCGAUCCUAAAUUCCCUAAAGGAGAUCCGAAAAUACAUUGUUACGAAAAAGUUAUCAUUGACCUGGAGACAGUUGUAACUCGAUUCAGAGGAGAAGAUCAAUUGAUAGACGCAAAACCUAUUCAUAACAGAUUUCCAUACUUCGGAGAGGAAUACAACUCUUACAGGCCAAAUAUGAAUGGCUUUCUUACGCUUGGUUACCAGCCGCUGUAUGAAGAUUAUGGACCAGAAACACCUACGGACUGGCAGAAAUUCAGCCGCGGAUAUACUGUGAUAGCUCCACUCUGGACAAAUAUUGACUCUACAAAUCUUACCGGAGGACUUGAUGUUCAUCUGUUUGAAUAUUAUACCAGUUAUGGACAAAAUGACAGCCGACACAGAGAUCUUUCACGGCUAGGAGACAUAUUUUCAAAAUACCUUAACCUCACUGACUUCAAACCACGAGUAGCAAUUGUAGCCACUUGGCGUAACGUAACAAAGUCGUCAUACAUAGUACCUGUCAGACUAAUUAAAUCUCAGAAUGCAACAAUGCAAGUGAUACUUAUUUCUGAUGGUGUAUUUUCCUAUGUAAUGUUUAACUACGACCAAGAACAGUGGUCGCUCAAAAUGGACAAAAAUAUUCCAAGCUCUGCUGGUUUCAGUCUAGAAGACAAAACUGGAUUCAUAACGGCUACAAGCAAAAAUGUUAGUCAGCUUAAUAAUGGAACAAACGUUAAUCCAGGUCUUAAAGGAAGAUGGAUUUACAAUGUUACUAGAAAUGACCUUGGUAGUAUUUCAGUUUUACGAAACGAAUCAGAAUGCCUUGCAUUUAGGCAAAAUGACACGAUCAUGAAUUGGAUAAAUGCACAACGGGCUUUAUCGUAUCCAUGUCCCUGUAGCGAGCAACAGAUGCAGCUUGAUUAUAGCUAUCAUACCGUGCCACCAAUGUAUAAAGACUCACGGACGACUUGCUAUGAGGCCUGGUUCUUUAACAAUGAUGGUGUGAAACAGACGUGCUGUUAUAGUUAUGGUGCUUUGAAAAAAGAAGGUACAGGUGGUGGCUUUGCAACGUUUGAGAAGGAUCCAUAUGACACCAUUCAAUACUUCUACGCAUGCUGCGAUGAAAAGACUGACAGACACUUGUGUCACCUUUUCUACGAAAUGAACCCGUCUGACGAUUGCUCUAGAUUCCAGCCUGCGGACGAGCCCAUUGGUAGAUAUAGGCGCUCACUUAUCGGAUAUAUGAGAAGCGGAUCUGGUAAAAUAUUUGAAAGCUUUUCUACAUUUAGUGUUAUUCUUUUAUUUGUACAUAGUAUCAUAUUCUCAUUUGAAAUCAUGGUUAUCUUUUAGAUAUCUCUACCGUACUCUAUCAGUCGGUUUUAAGGCACAGCCUUACAUACAAAUUAGAUUUCAAUUUAGUUUUAGUACACUUCUCUGAUAUAGUUUAAAUCAAAAUAACUUGAUCCAAUACUAAUUCUAUAACUUGCUGUUUAUAUGGCGAUUUUGAUGGUCUUUGUACGUAUUUUAUGUAUUUUAGUAUUUUAUUUUUUAAAAUCUUGAAUGCAUACUUAAGUGAAUUGAAUUUCAGAGUAGCAAACAAGGCAUUCAAUUUUCUUCUCUUAAUUCUAUCUUUACAAAACUUUUAUAAAAUGUAUUUUUUCUGCUAUGACUAAACAUUGAAAGUUUUGUUUUUCUUGCAGAUCAGCUUUGACAGUUGUGGUGUUGUUAUCUUUUAACUUCUAUGUAUAUUUAUGUUAGAUGUUUUGUAUUCAUUUUCAUGACAAUUACACCUUUUGGAAAUGUCAUAUAUUAUUGCUUUUUCUCAUAACUGUUACUUAUCAAUCCCUAAAUUAUCCCUAUUCAUAUUGCCGCGGUCGCGCUAAUUUUCAAAAAGGAAAUGUUCCAAACCGGUAAGUGUAGAUUAUAUUUUUGUUUUGAUAUAUCUAUUUAAAGUAGCAUUUUAUUAAAAUUGUGUUACAUUGAUGAUAGUUCUUUUAUAUUGCUUACUAAUUGUUUUGUAUUUGUUCAUACUUCAAAACGUAAGAUUUCAUUACAUUAAAUGUGCUUGUUUUUACUUUUGUCAUGUUAUAUCAUGUUAGUAUAUUGUUCAGUAAUCCUAGAAUUCAGAUUCCAGAUCAUCAUG